ACGUGCGGCGUCGGCAGCCAUGGCGGGAAGCGGGCCGCGCAGCGGAAGCGUCUCCCCUCAGCCUCACCACAGCGACUGGGGCCGCCUGGAGGCUGCCAUCCUCACCGGCUGGAGGAACUUCUGGCAGUCGGUGGGCAAGGAGAGGGCGGCUCCGGGGGCCUCCCCGGAGGAGGCGGACGAGGAGGCCAGCUCGCUAACGCGGCUGCCGAUUGAUGUACAGCUAUAUAUUUUGUCAUUUCUUUCACCUCAUGAUCUAUGUCAGUUGGGAAGUACAAGUCAUUAUUGGAAUGAAACUGUACGAGAUGCAGUUCUGUGGAGAUAUUUUCUGUUGCGGGAUCUUCCUUCUUGGUCUUCUGUUGACUGGAAGUCUCUUCCAGAUCUAGAAAUCUUAAAAAAGCCUAUAUCUGAGGUCACUGAUGGUGCAUUUUUUGACUACAUGGCAGUCUAUAAAAUGUGCUGUCCAUAUACAAGAAGACCCUCAAAAUCUAGCCGUCCUAUGUAUGGAGCUGUCACCUCAUUUUUGCACUCAUUGAUCAUUCAGAAUGAACCACGAUUUGCCAUGUUUGGACCAGGUUUGGAAGAACUAAAUACAUCUUUGGUGUUGAGCUUGAUGUCUUCCGAGGAGCUUUGCCCAACAGCUGGUUUGCCUCAGAGGCAGAUUGAUGGUAUUGGAUCAGGAGUCAGUUUUCAGUUGAGCAACCAACAUAAAUUCAACAUCCUAAUAUUAUAUUCAACUACAAGAAAGGAAAGAGAUAGAGCAAGAGAAGAACAUACAAGUGCAGUUAACAAGAUGUUCAGUAUACAGAAUGAAGGGGAUGAUCAACAGGGAAGCCGGUACAGUGUAAUUCCACAAAUUCAGAAGGUGUGUGAAGUUGUUGAUGGGUUCAUCUAUGUUGCAAAUGCUGAAGCUCAUAAAAGACAUGAAUGGCAAGAUGAAUUUUCUCGUAUUAUGGCAAUGACAGAUCCAGCUUUUGGAUCUGCAGGAAGACCAAUGCUGGUUUUAUCUUGUAUUUCUCAAGCUAAUGUAAAAAGAAUGCCCUGUUUUUAUUUGGCCCAUGAGCUGCGUCUGAAUCAUCUAAGCCACCCAUGGAUGGUCCAGGAUACAGAGGCUGAAACUUUAACUGGUUUUUUGAAUGGCAUUCAGUGGAUUCUUGAAGAAGUAGAAUCUAAGCAUGCAAGAUGAUCCUCCUUUUAGACCUUGGGAACUGAAAGCAUUUGGAACUUGUUACUAAGGUUGUGAUGUGGAUAUUUGCUCAAGUCAGCUCGUUCUGCCCUGCCUUUUUGCAGGUAGGGUUUAUAUUGGACAGCUGUAGCUACUCUAUUUUUUAAUAUAAUUUUUACUUUUUACCUUAAUUACAAGAAAAAAGUUUCAGCGCUAGCAUUUGGCCCCCAAAUGAACCUUUUAAUUUUUUAAAAUAACUUAUAUAUACAUAUAUAUAUAUAUAUUUUUAAUAUUAAAUUCUGGAAAAA